AGAGAGGGGCUUCAGAUAUGGGCCAUGGCCCAUGGGCUUCCUCGUUGUAAAUCCCUCAACCCCAUUUCAUCUUUGUUUAUAAUCUUGAUAUACUAAUCGAUAAUCACAUUACAGUAAUAGUGGCGCUAAAUGGUGAAGCUCUAAACAAUGCUUUUCUAGAUUCGAAAUUUGAUUCGAUCUCACUUUGUUCAAACUGCUCGUAUUUCAAUCCUACCUCAUCAAAUCAGGGACACAAAGAAGAUGAAAGCUUUGAGCAAGAAAAACAAAAGAACUAAAGACGAAGAGGGUGAAACCAAUGGAGUCGACAAUGUAGUUGAUCUGCCUUUGGCCAAAAGUAAUGAUGAUCUACAUUUGGUCAAAAGCAAUAAAAGUGAAGAUGACGAGCAAGGGAAGAAGAUGAAGAAAAAGAAGAAGAAACUGAGUGAAAAAAGAAAACAUAAGGAGUAUAACGAGUUCCAAAGCAAUGCAUGUGAAAGUGAUGACCAAGGAAAGAUGAAAAAGAAGAUAAGACUGUGUGAUGAAAAGAAACUUAAGGAGGGUGAUGACUUUAGAAUCAAUGAUGGUGAAGAUGGCGAGGAAGGCAAGAAGAUAAAGAAAAAGAAGAAGAAACGAAGUGAAGAAAGCAAACAUAAGGAGUAUAAUGAGAUCGAAAGCAAUGAAGGUGAAGAUGGCAAGCAAGGCAAGAAGAUAAAGAAAAAGAAACGAAGUGAAGAAAGCAGAGAUAAGGUGUGUAAUGAAAUCAAAAGCAAUGAAUGUGAAGAUGAUGACCAAGGAAAUAAGAUGAAAAAGGAGAAACUAAUUGAAGGAAGUAAACUUAAUGAGUGCAAUGACUUUAGAAGCAGUGAAGGUAAUGAUGGCGUGCAAGAUAAGAAGAAGAAAAAAAAGAAGAAACUAAGUGAAGAAAGCAUACAUAAGGAGCAUGACAAGUUUAAAAGCAAUGAAUGUGGAGAUGAUGGCCAUGGAAAGAAGAAGAAGAAGAAGAAGAAGAAGAAAUCAAUUGAAGGUGAAGAUGAUGGUGACCAAGGCAAGACAAUGAAGAAGAAGGAACUGAAUCACAAUAGCAAAAGUAUGGAGAGCAAUGAUUUUAAUAGCAAUGAUAGUGAUGCUAAGGCUAAUGAUCAAGGCAAGAAGAGGAAGAAAAAAAAGGUUGCUGAGUCAGUUACUGGUGAAACUCCUAAGAGUUCAAAGGGUAGACCAUGGAAACCCAAACGAGUAACUUUUUCUGAUCAAGUGGAGUUUUGUUGUGAUGGCUUAUUGCGUGGGAAAAGGUUUACACCAGAAGAAGAUGAGAAAAUCAAAGCAGCUGUUAAUGACUAUAUAGAUUCUCAUUGUUUGGGAGAGAAUGGUUUAGAUAUGAUUCUCCAUUGCGGAUCACACCCCGAAAUUAGAGGUUGUUGGAAGGAAAUUGCAGAAGUAUUACCUGAGAGGCCUGUCCGGAGUGUGUAUGAACGUGGUCAUGUUUUGUUGGAAAACGGUCAGAGGUGUAGGUGGACACCUGAUGAGCUUGAAUUUAUACGGAAGUCCCAAGAGAUACAUGGAUCUGAUUGGAGGCCAAUAGCUGACGCUUUGGGUAAAAGUCGAUUUCAGGUUAAAGAUGCAUGGCGUAGAUUAAAAUUUACCAAUUUAAAACAAGGACAAUGGUCCCAAGACGAGUAUCAAACUUUAUUUGAUUUAGUGAACCUGGAUCUGCGCACAAGGGCAACAGAGCCUUAUAGAAAAUCAAUGCAUGGUAUGUUGCGAGAUAAUAUUAGUUGGGAGGCAAUUGGUAACAAAUUGAGCACCCGAAACAGUUCAUUCUGUUGCAAAAAGUGGUAUGAGCAGUUAACAACGCCUCUGGUUGCUAGUGGUGAGUGGUGUGAUACUGAUGACUACCGCUUAAUAAGUACUUUAUAUACUUUGGAUGCUUGCUGCAGGGAUGAUGUAGAGUGGGACGAUCUGCUUGAGCAUAGGUCUGGUGAUGUAUGCAGGCUACGAUGGGAUCAAAUGGUCCAACAUAUUGGGGAGCACGCAGGGAAGUCAUUUAUUGAGCAGGUUGAAGUUCUUGCAAAGAGAUUCUGCCCCGACUUGUUGGAAGCAAGAGAGGCAUUUGAUAACAAACCCGUGAUUUGUUGAUGUUAUUAUCCUUUAAUUUGGGUUUUCUUGGGGUGCAGUGAUUUUGUUAAACCAGGAUUUAUUAUGUACUAUGUUGAAUGUGGCGGGAUUAUCCAAACUUUUUCUGUAGUAUUUUUUAUAAUGGACUUUGUAUUGCAAUUUGAGGGUGGUAGUUUUGCUCUCUUUUUCAUAUAAUGAAAAUGUUAACCCUGUUAUUUUGUCCCUA